UCUGUGGAGGAACCAGUUAGGAAGAGAAAGCCAGAGAAAGAGAGCAUCUCGGCCUAUGGAGACAAAUUCUCCAGCUCCAAUGGCAAAAUUAAGAGCACACGGAAAACAUGUGUUAACAAGUUCUAUAAAAAAGGAAAAUUACUCGGCCAAGGAGGAUAUGGCUCUGUGUACGCAGGGAUCCGCAUAUCUGAUGGACUGCCGGUGGCCCUCAAAUAUGUCAGGAAAGAUGACGAUGAAGAACUGCAGCUGCCUGGAAUGGAAAUGCCCAUGCCCAAGGAAGUCGGACUGUUUCAGAUGGUUAACACCCCAUCGAGUCAUCCCAACAUCCUGAAACUCUUCGACUGGUUCGAUAGACCUGCUUCAUAUGUAAUGGCAAUGGAGCGUCCAGACCCCUGCAAGGACCUGUUCACGUACUGCCAGGAACAGGGGGGUGUGCUGGAUGAGGACCAGGCGCGAAGUGUGACCGGGCAGCUGCUUGGGGCGCUACAGCACUGCCACAAUCAUGGAGUGGUUCACCGCGACGUGAAGCCCGAGAACAUCCUGAUCCAGACAGACACAAAGGAGAUCAAACUGAUCGACUUUGGGUGUGGGGACCCACUGAAGCACACUGCAUACAACGAAUUCUCUGGGACCCCCGAAUUCCUGCCAGUUGAAUGGUUUGAAAAAGAACAGUUUCUGGCGGGCCCUGGGACUGUGUGGUCAGUGGGUGUGACCCUGUAUAACAUCGUCUGCGGUAACGAUCCCUUCACUACGUACACCAGCAGGGAAAUGCGGCACGUGGAGUUCUGUGCAGGGCUGUCAUCAGGGAUCAAGGACUUCAUUCUGUGCUGUUUGAGGCCCCGGGCAAAAGACCGGCCCACCCUGGAGCAGCUACAGCUCCACCCCUGGCUCCAGCAGUCCAGCCGAGUAUAGCGUGUGGAUGCACCCCACAGUCAGCUGGGUGUGGCAGUGAGGCAAAGACAAGUGUUAUUUAAUUUUUCCCAUUGGAGAUAUAUUUUAAUCCCCAUCAACAUGUCCCAUCGUUGCAAUGUCCUCCCGUCAGUUCUGGAGGGUUUUACAAGUGCAGGAAAAUCUCGUAUGAGGACGUCGUAUGACAUUUUGAUUU